UGUACGAGUAUUUCAGAAGCCCACUCUCUCUCUCUCCCUGCUGCGUCUCUGAUUUUGAUGCAUGCAAAGGACACGCACAAGUGCACGAGAGAGAUAGAGAGAGCUCGCGUCAGUGGUACGAGUAGGACUAGUACAGUGUGUGAUUUCACUGAAACUGUGUUCCCCUCUCCGCUCUCUCUCCUUGCAGAGCGCGUGAGAGAGUGAGAGAGAGAGAGAGAGGGGGGAGAGAUUCUUGGAGCUGAGAGCACCGGCGGCGGCAGCGGAGGAGGAAAGGUGAGGGUUGAUCGGAUUGCAUUGGAUUGGCGGCGAUGCUGCGGAGGAUGGUGUCCGACCAGGCGGCGGACUCCGCCGGCGGGGGAGAGGCGGGGAGGGUUCGUGGUGGUGGGGCGCUGUUCGCCGUGCCGCGGCUGUUGGUUGGGCUGGCGGCGAAGUGCGGGGCGCAGGACGGCGGGGAGCCGGCGUCGCGGAGCCCGACGUCGCCGCUGGACCCCAAGGCGCUCCUGCUCCGGUCGCCGCGGUCGCCGAGGACGUGGGACGCCGAGCCGGUCGGGCUCGGCCUCGUCGACGCCCUCGCCGCCGCCGACGACGAUGCCAAGAACUGCCUCCUCAGCCCGCGCGUCGGGCUCCUCAAGUCGUACGCCUCGCUGCCCAAGGACUGCGGCGGCGGCGGCGGGGGACGUUUGCGCCCGGAGCUCGCCAAGGCGAUGUCCUGCGCCGCGGCGCCCGGCGCGUCCGCCACCACCGCCGGCACGUCCGUGCCGUGCAGCGUCUUCUUCCACGGGGAUCUGAAGUCUGGUCCGGAGGCGGCCACUCGAUCGGAUGAUGGCGCCGCCCACCCCAAUGCCAAGCGGCGCUCCUUCGACCUCGGCGGCGGCAAGAUCCCCGGGCCGGGGUCUCUGCCGGCGUCGAUCGCCGCCGCCGCCGGCGUCCGCCGGUUCAUCGGUUCGGUCUCGGCGAGUGAGAUCGAGCAGUCGGAGGACUACACCUGCAUCAUCGCUCGCGGCCCGAAUCCCAAGACGACCCACAUAUUCGGGGGCUGCAUUUUGGAGCCGCAGACGGUCGACGCCGGCGCCGCCACCGCCAUGGAAGUGACGGAAGCAGCCGCCGAGUCCUACUGGGUGGUGAAGUGCGCCACCGGCGCCGGCGCCGGCGAUGACUUCUUGAGCUCCUGCUUCACUUGCAAGAAGAAGCUGGAGGGAAAUGACAUUUACAUCUACCGUGGGGAGAAAGCAUUCUGCAGCGCCACCUGCCGGGAUCAAGAAAUCCUGAUCGAAGAGGAAGCCGAGAACACCACCACCACCACCACCACCAUGGGAUCCCCUCGAUCCUCCUGGUCCUCUCUCCACGACGAAAUCUUCAUGGCGGGCAUGAUCGUCGCGACAUGACCUUCUUCCCCCGAGUGACCGAGACCCAACCGAUGCGCCGUUUUCGCACAAGCAGUUCCAAUUUUUCCCCCUGGUGUUCUACCAGGAGAUGAAAUGAUCGAUGAUCACCGGCUCUCACAUUUUCUGUGAUCAGUGUGCUGUUUUUGAUUCAGCAAACUGAAGAAGAAGAAGAAGCGGUGUGUUCUUGGUGGGUCAAUUGUCACUUGAGGUGAUGAGCUUUUUUUUUUACUGGACCUGGAAACUUGCAGAGAUCUGGGCUUUUUAGAGAGGAAAAAAAGAGAGGUCGCCUGCCUGCCUUUAGUGAUUUUAGUCGUGUAGUUUUGAUCCUAAGGCUGCUGGCCAGUGCCCCCCAUCCUUCCUUUUUCUUUCUUUCUUUCUUCUUCGUUUCUUCAUCUUUGCAGCAGUGACAAUGUCUGCAUGUUGCUUACACUACUCUGUUGUGUUGUGAGAUGAAUGACAUUGAGCUGCUUUAGGUCAUUUC